GCCGAGGGCGCAGAACGGAGAUGCGGCGGCUCGUGCGCGCGGUGCUGUUCAUGCUGCUGGUGGCGGCGGCCCCCGCGGUCCCCGCGCCAGCGCCCACCGCCACCUCGGCUCCGGGCGAGCCAAGCCCGGCGCUCAGCUACCCGCAGGAGGAGGCCACUCUCAACGAGAUGUUCCGCGAGGUGGAGGAGUUGAUGGAGGACACGCAGCACAAACUGCGUAGCGCAGUGGAGGAGAUGGAGGCAGAAGAAGCUGCUGCUAAAACACCUCUGGAAAUAAACCUGGCUGAUCUGCCCGCCAGCUAUCACAACGAGACCAAUACAGAAACCAAGGUCGGAAAUAAUACUAUCCACCUGCACCGAGAAAUCCACAAGGUAACCAACAACCAGACUGGACAGAUGGUCUUUUCCGAGACAGUGGUCACAUCUGUGGGAGAUGAAGAAGGCAAAAGGAGCCACGAGUGCAUCAUUGAUGAGGACUGUGGACCUACUCGGUACUGCCAGUUUGCUAGCUUCCAGUACACCUGCCAGCCAUGCCGGGAGCAGCAGAUGCUCUGCACCCGGAACAGUGAGUGCUGUGGAGACCAGCUGUGCGUUUGGGGUCACUGUAUGCAAGCAGCCGACAGAGGCAGCAAUGGCACCAUCUGUGACAACCAGAGGGACUGCCAGUCCGGCCUGUGCUGUGCCUUCCAGAAAGGCCUGCUGUUCCCUGUGUGCACACCCCUGCCUGUGGAGGGUGAGCUUUGCCACGACCCUGCCAGCCGGCUUCUGGACCUCAUCACGUGGGAGCUGGAGCCUGAUGGAGCCUUGGACCGGUGCCCAUGUGCCAGUGGCCUCCUCUGCCAGCCCCACAGCCACAGCCUGGUGUAUGUGUGCAAGCCUGCUUUUGGUGGGAGCCAGGAACACACCGGGGAGAGCCUGCCACCCAAGGCGGUACUCAGCGAUGAAUAUGAGGACGGCAGCUUCGUGGAGGGGGUGCAACGGGAGCUGGAGGACCUGGAGAGGAGCCUGACUGGGGAGAUGGUGCUCCAGGAACCAGUGGCCGAGUUGCUGGGUGGAGGAGAGAUUUAGGUGCGGACCACCCCAUGUCUACGUGCCACAGAAAUCGCUAAUUUAUUUCACCAGGCGUGUUCCCUAGGUGUGGGCUUUCCCUCCCCAUUCCCUGCCUGUAGCUUGACCAAAUGCAAUGCACCAUGCGUUUGGUCCACACUGGCCCUCAGGGUUCCUGUUUAAAGGGAGGUGCUGGUGCCAAGUCCCAAGGCAGGGGUGGGGGACAAGGCAGCAGCUGCCCGAGCUGGGUUUGCCUUGCCUUGCUUCACCAACGUCAGCCUGCUGAGUGAGCGUCCUUGUAGCUCUUUUGCCAGCCCAGGCCAACCACACCUGAUGCUGCUGCAGUCUGCCUCUAUCCUGUCGGCGCCUACCUCUCAUUCUGUUCCCAGCCCGCUGGGGACCCACUCUCCCUGCAGCCUGGGGAGGGGACUCUGUUCUUCUUCGCAGGAAUCUUGCAGGCUCAGAGACUCUAUGACUGGCCCAUGCCACACAGCUAAUGAAAACUCCCCCAGCUUUUCCCUAGGGUGAAUCCAGGCUCCAGCUCUCCCUGCUCCCACAGGAGUCUCAGUGCCCCUAAGAACACGCCUCCCUAUCCUGCCUUUCAAGGCAUACCUGGAAUUAACAGCACUCUGUUUUCCCACAACUCUCUCAGACUGAGCACCUACUGUUAGGAAUAGCUGUGCUGUCACAUUCCCCAGUGGAGACAAAGCGACAGAUGUGGACACUGUCUCCUGCGGCAGCUGUUCUGGUCACGUUUGGAGGUAGUAUCUGCAGAGAUAGCUGUUAGCUCAUGGCAGGGCCAGUAUUGCAAACAGGGAAUCUGCCACAUCUUAGCAAGCAAUGGAAAACCAUUAUCAGCACAGGGAGAGCCAGCCAGGCACUGUGAAAUAUGGCUGUCAUAUCUCAACCGAGACCGCCAGACUGGAUGCCGUGCCACACACUCCCUUGGCAGGUGCCAGGGACUGUUUCCACCAUGUCUUCCUCCAGAAUUAUUACAUUCUAAAGUUGCACACAACUGUAAAAGCAUGCUUUCUUUGACUUCUCACUUCUGUAUGAACACGUUGCAUUUUAGAAAUCAUGCAUAAAUCACUUCAAUUA